AUGCGGAGAAUGCUCUGAUGAGCGCUCUUUCAGAAACUUUCCCACUAAGGAUGGUAUAUAACGCACACCUUUCAGUCGCAUCAAGUCACACCCUGCUCAGACAACCACUCAGACUCACAGAUGGCCACUGGUACAAUCCAAACAGACCGUAUCCGUGUCGUCCUUCUCUUCAAACGAAAGGAAGGGCUUACGCUUGACGAAUUCUACCAACAUUGGUUCGAGGGUCUCUCGAAAAUGCUCCUCGCAUCCCCCAUCUUCACGGACAAUGUCCUCAAGUACGAACAGUUACGUAUUGACAACGAGACUAUGGCAAUGCUGAAAACUGUGGGUUUUGAGCCCCCAGAGCCUGAGUGGGAUGGAAUGGCUUUGCUGGAGGCAGAAAGCUUCGACAAGAUAUUCUCUAUAUUCCAGUCGGAGGAGUACAAAACGGUUAUUGGUCCUUACGAAGAUAAAUUCUUGGAAAGAAAGGCUGCUCAGAUCUUCCCCCUGAAGUUUGCUGUGUUCUUGGAUGAAACGAAAUCGACUGGGCUGCACCUAUAAUUAGAUAUACCUGUAGUUAUUCUGGUCCAGUCCUUCCAAUUUACUUUCUGCGACCUUGAAAAUCCCGGAUGCCAUAUGGUGCUCAAUAUUGAGUGAUGGGCGAUCAUAUGUAAAUUUGAAAGGAUCCGAGACCUAGUCUAGAAUACAACAUUAAUUAUCACUACCAAAAAAACCAUCACAUGUAGCAAUAAUUAAAGCCCCUGCCAGUGGUUCUCGUUAUUAUUAUCAGAUAUUUAUCUGAUUCAGCUUUGCACCAACUUGGCCUUUCAGAUUGUCCUAAUCUUCCGAGUCCGAGGGGGCCACGCUGUUAUUCUUCUGGUUGCGGGGAUCUCUCAUCUCAUG